AUAGAGUAGUUUUGACAGGUUGUCAGUUGAACGGUUCGUGGAGGAUAGUCGAGUGCCUCGUGUUGCGACGGAUUUGCAAAUUGCUUUUAAAGCAGCGAAUCUAACAAACGUGUUCAUGUUGCAGUCAAAGAUGAGCGAUAUCGAAAAUGUAUACAGUUCAGAAAGACGAAAUGCCGCCCCGAAGGUCGUGAUAUUUCGUACGGCAGCAACGUCCGUUUUGCUGGUCGGCACAUUAACAACAAUUUCACAGUUGCUGUCUUUUGGCUAUUUCAAAGUUGUUGAAAUCGAGCAGGUUUUGUGUUUUGUCUGGCAAGGCGUUCUGGCUGCGAUUGCUGGCAUAUUAGGACUUACCUAUGUUUACAAACCAAGGAUCCGUAAAAGAUGGUGUUUGGCGAAGCUGAUUGUCGUUCUUGCGAUUGUUACGACGAUGUUUACCCUAGCUAGCAUCGUGUUUCGAAUAUUACAAGUCGAAAAGAUGCGGCGAAACAAAAACGAAGAAGAAGAUGACAAGCGCAAACUAGUUUUCCUGCACUUUUCCUUUUCGCUUAUUCUAGAGGUGGCCUUAUUUGCUCUGUCGGUACUGCUUGCUAACAUUACUAUCACCAUUUACAAGCUGCGAACAAUCAUCGAUGGAGCAGAAAGAUCCCCCGACGUUGAUUCGCACGAGUUCAAUUCGCUGGAAGCAAGAUAUUCAAACCUGAAUGAGGAUGGGCUAUAACAAAUGACCUGAAUUUAUGUCAAAAUUUAUUGAUUGUACAUACGAAGUAGAUAGAUUUCAGGACUUAGUCGUAUUAUUACGUAAUUAAACAGAUUCCUCGGAGUUAUCUCUCUUACUUUGGUAAGAUUUCGUGAAACUUGGAAUUUUUCGUUAAGUUGAUUCAACUACUGGACAGUGUACCAGUAAAGGGAAACGGGCGUCCUAGGUCUUCACUUUUUUGAUAAAGCUAAGUAGUUCUACCUGUCGACGUUUAUGCAUCUUGUAAGAAAAACUCAUUUUCUUUAGUCCUAAAGAAAGUAAGAGACUCUCUUAUGUCCUCGAGCACGAUGAUGUUAUUUCAUUCAUUGGUUUUGCCAAUAAUUUGAGUGCCAAUUAUUUGCUGAAAUAAUGUUUCACUGGUCUUUUAAAGCUGGAAUUUUCAAUUGAUAUUCUGCCACUCCAGAGACAGAAUUUUAUGUAUUAAUCUUUUGAAUUAAAGCAGAUACGCGAAGAUCCAGACAAGAUGUAGAAAAAUGCUGCAAGAUGCAAGAAUCAGUUUCACAAGCUAACGUUGUGUUCUAGUUGACAAAUAAAGCGAAUAUUCUAUUUGAGAAACUUUAAGCAAUUGGGUAUCGGUGACAUUAAAUAACAAAAGUGCAAACGGCAAAUGCCGUCAAAGAAUGAUGAUUUCAUUUUUAAGAUAUCUUCUAAAUUUGUCUGAAAUUUGGCAAAUUUUACAACAACUUGCAUUCAUACGAAACAGAAAUCCUCUUAGAGUUUUCUUCGAUAUCUUUUUUAUGCAAGUCUGACAAAAUAAAAUUGUCUGAAAAUCAAAAUUUUCAACAAGUAAUUUCCAUAACAUUUAUAUUGAUGACUGAAACUUUUUACCCGGGGUGGUGGGGUGGGGGUGUAUGAGGUUUCUACCCGGGGUGGGGGGGGGGUCGAGAUAAGAAGUGUUUAUAUUUCACCAACGACUUUCAGCAUAAAUGGCUUUGUGAUGUUACAUUUAUGAAGUGUGAAACAUCAUUAUAUAAAAUCGGUGACAUUAAAUGGAGAUAAUCCAUAUCUAUCUAAAUGCAAUUAAGAUCCGAUUCCCUUUAACUCGUAUAGACGGGGUAUCAAUGUAAAAUGUUGUUUUGGCAACCCCUCCUGUAUUGCUUCUGCACAUAGUUGUAGGAGAUAUUGGGGCUUGGAGGGCUGCAGCUCCUCUAAUCAGGCACUAUUUAUCGUGUUUUAGGCUCCAUUAGAGCAGUAUAGCUAUGAUAUUCGGGAAAGAUUCAUAUUAAGUCUCCUCCCCUACGCCCAUGUUUGAAUGCUUUAAUCACUUCUAUCGUGUGCCUGCUUAUAAAUACUGCUCUAUACUUGUAUGAUUUUAGCAGGUUGAUGAAACGACGAUCAUUGUUUUUUGCGUUUAUGAGUGGGAUAAAUGUACUUAUUAGUGAGAUAAAUGUAAAAUAUGUCUGUUUUUUGGAAUAUGUUUAUUUUAAGGCUGUCUAAUAGUUUAUUUAAGAAAAUUUACUUAACUUAUGGAUGGAAAUAAUGUAUGAACGUAAAAUAGAAGUCAAACCAAGA